AUGAUCAUCUGGAGGCAAGGGAAUCCCUUUCAACCGUACCCCCCAGAAGUAGAUCCAGCCUUCCCUGCAACCAACCCUCCAGCCUUCCCUGUAGCCAAGAUCAGCCAUCUUCGGGAAGAAGAACUGGAGUUCCUGGAGGAGCCUGAUUGUCCCACAUGGAGCCAGAUACCGGCUGUUGCUUUGUGGCAGCCCUGGCGACCCCGGUGUGGCAGCGGCCAGCGCCUGUCCGCAUGGCGGCGACGCUCGGACAACGCAGAGCUUUUGAGCUCCAAGAGACGCAGAGCAACUUCCCCGUCCAGCAGUGUCAGUGGUGGAGACUUUGAUGAUUCCCCGCAUGCCACAAGUACCCCAACCUCUGGCAGGAAGAGGAGGAGACUUGCUAAUGUGGCAACUGUGGAUCCAAUUGCAGUUUGCCAUGAGCUCUAUAACACAAUUAGAGACUACAAAGAUGAUCAAGGGCGGAUUCUAUGUGAACUCUUUAUUAGGGCCCCAAAACGCAGAAACCUGCCAGAUUACUAUGAAGUUGUUUCGCAGCCGAUUGACUUGAUGAAAAUCCAGCAGAAACUAAAGAUGGAGGAAUAUGACGAAGUCCACCUGUUGACUGCAGAUUUUCAUCUGCUGUUUCAGAAUGCCAAAUCGUACUACAAGUCUGAUACGCCAGAAUACAAAGCUGCAUGUAAACUGUGGGAUCUUUAUUUACGUACAAGAAAUGAAUUCAUCCAGAAGGGAGACUGUGAGGAAGACGAAGAGGAAGAUGAUACACAAGAUACUGCAGAAGCAGAGACCUCUCAGAAUUAUAUAAAGCCCACCCUGGAACAACUUUUGGAAUCUCUCAAUACUGCCACAGAUCCCAAUGGCAGAGUAAUCAGUGAUCUCUUUCAGAAAGUCCCAUCUAAAAUGCAUUAUCCAGACUACUAUGCAAUAAUUAAGGAACCCAUAGAUCUGAAGAUGAUAUCCCAGAGGAUACAGUCUGGUUAUUAUAAAAGUGUUAAUGCCAUGGCGAAAGACAUUGAUCUGCUGGCAAAGAAUGCUAAAACCUACAAUGAACCAGGUUCGCAGGUGUUUAAGGAUGCAAAUAACAUAAAGAAACUUUUUGCCAUAAAGAAGUCAGAAAUUGAUUAUACAGAAUCUUCCAAGUCAAGUUUGCGUAGCAGGAACAAGCGACCUGCACAGGGGGAUAGACUGUCUGCUAUCACAAUGGCACUGCAGUAUGGCUCAGAGAGUGAGGAAGAUGCAAGUCUAAAUGGUAAGCUUUCUGUGGAGGGAUCCACAUCGUAUCUUAUAUUUUCAGUACCAGAUUUGCUGUUAAAGCUGUGCCAGUCAUAGUAUAACCUGACCUAAAUUUAGGAUUAUUCCCAUAAGUUUCCACUCAUAAAUUCAUCAAUCGCAACAGG